AUGCUCCGCAGCUUGCUGGUGACCCAUUUGGGGAAACGAUCAAAGAGUGAUCUCCUGAGCAUCAUGGCAGACCCCAGCCUGCCCUUCCGGCUCUACCCUGAGCAUCAGAGGCGAUAUGAGGAUUUCCUCUCCGCCUUCGAGGUGGUCGACCCGGAGCUUGCCAUCGAGUCGGGCCAGGGCUUCCUCCCGCGUGCAGCUCUCGCCGCAGUCUUCGCUCGCGCGGCCUACGGAGCGCUGAUGCGGAAGGGCGCAGGGGAUCGCGUGAGCGGCUUCCUGGGUGGGGCGGCAAAGUCCUAUGCCGGCACGUGGGAGGAUGAGGAUCACACUGAGGCCUUUGUGGAGUUGACCGGGGCCAAGCGGGAAGACAUCCUGGUGGCACAUUGGACUGAGAAGCCUUUCGAGCCCGCCUUUGUGAUCUUUUGGGUGCAUCGAAUGAGCUGGCUGGUGCUGGCCGUGCGUGGCUCCUGCGAGUGGUCGGCAGUGCUCACCGACAUGGCCGCCGAAGAGAGCCUCCUGGCGGGCGGCUUGGCGCACAGCGGCAUGGCGCGCGCUGCCAGGUGGAUCUUGAGCUCCGCCGGCGCCGCCAUGGCCGAAGGCCUCGCCCAGCGGCCCAGCUAUCGCCUGGUGUGCACGGGCCACUCGCUGGGGGCUGACGUGGCCCAGCUGGUGGCUAUCAUGCUUCGAGAAGGGGACACCUCUACGACGGACAUUCCCAAGUGCUUGGGUCCAUGCAGUGAAAUGGAGGCUUUGGACUCCUUCUUGAACGUCGAACCGGUGGAUCGAGGCUACAUCGUGGGUAGUGCGAAGGAUUGUAUCUCCCGAGCUGGCUGCCCGCUGCUCCAGCUAUGCCGCUGCCCCAGCUUUGAAGAUCAGUGGAAUCCAUGGUUCAAUAAACGCCGUCGUCGAAGGAAGCCCUUCGAAAGCGAAGAGGUCCUUUCGGUUGCCUUGGAUGCAGACUACAUCACCCGUGUGUCGGUGUUCGGCAUUGACCGCUUAAUUUUGCAGCUGACGGACACGCAAGCGCACGCGGUGAGUCGAAACUCGGUGCUCGUGGCCGAUGGCGGUACCAAACGAGCCCCCAAUCUGAGCCCAAGAGCUCGAGCCUUUGGCGCUUCCUCACAAGUGGCCGAGGUGCUUUGUACUCCGGGCCGCCUCCUGCACAUGGACUGCCGCGGAGUGGGGCUCACAGCCCAUCCAGUGAAGCUCUUCUGGUGGCUCGGAGUGAAGCGACCCCGUUUUUUCUUCCGAACCUCGGGACGGACGGGUAAGGCAUGGAUGGCUUAG